AUGACCGACCAGCUCACCAAACUGCACAACUUUCCGAAUAAACCAAGGGUGUUUAUCGUUUCAGAUAUCUCGAACGAACCGGAUGACGCCGAAUCACUAGUGCGCUACCUGCUCUACAGCCAUCAGUUCCAAACAGAGGGCCUGGUGGCUUGCACAUCAACAUGGAUGAAGAACAAGGUCUGCCCUCAGGACAUGCAGAAGAUCAUUGACGCCUACGAGAAAGUUGUCGACAACCUCAAUGCCCACGUCCAUCCCGAUGCCAAAUAUCAACCGGCGAGCUACUUCCGAGGCCUCGUGCGCAAGGGCGCAGAGGUAUACGGAAUGGAAGCAGUAGGAGACGAUAUCCCUCUCAGUGAGGGUGGCGAGCUGCUACUCGAGCGUAUCCAGGCUCCUAGCGACCAGCCCCUUUGGGUUCUUUUCUGGGGCGGCACCAAUGUUCUAGCUCAGGUGCUUCUUCGGAUCGAGAAGCUUUACUCUGUGGAUGAGGCUGCUAAGCUGCGCUCUAAACUCCGUGUUUAUACGAUAUCAGAUCAAGAUGAUACGGGCCCUUGGAUCCGCCACAGGUAUCCCGAUAUUUUUUAUAUUGCCUCUAUCCACGGUUGGAACCACUACGGACUUGCUACGUGGACGGGAAUCUCAGGCGAUAAAUACUACAACUUUGACCAAGGCGGUCCGGAUUUUACUAAGGUAACCAAGCACUGGAUCCGGGAGAAUAUUCAGAUAGGUGAGCUGGGUUCUGCGUAUCCUGAUUAUAUGUUCAUCCCCGAGGGUGAUACGGCGACAUUCUUAUACUUGAUUCAAAAUGGGCUGGGUGUUCCCGAGCAUCCGGAGUAUGGUUCUUGGGGUGGCCGGUAUCAGCGGUCUGACGUGAGUGCCAAGGGCCUUGCCAGCAAACACUACGGUGAUGCUGUCGACCGGGUGGUUGGGGCGGAUGGCCGCAUAUAUACUACGAAUCAUGGAACCGUGUGGCGCUGGAGAGACAGUUUCCAGAACGAUUUUGCCGCGCGUAUCAAAUGGUCCCUUUCUUCAGACUUUUCUGCAGUCAACCAUGCACCAAUUGCUUCUAUUAAUGGCGACACCAGAUUGGCGCCACUGGAAAUCGAAGCUGAAGCGGGGUCUACCUUCACGCUCGACGCGUCCGGGACUUACGAUCUAGACGGGGAUGAUUUGACCUUUAAUUGGUUCCACUACAAGGACCCGACGGCCACUCAGGCAUGGGUAGAUGCAGAAGUCGCGGACCUCGUUAUAAAACCGAUUGACGAAGGUCGAAAGGUUGAUAUUACAGUUCCUCCGCCAGAGAGAUGCUGUGUGGAAUUGAUGAGCAGACAACCAAUCCCCCGGGGGCAGAUCUUGCAUUUGAUCCUGCAGGUGACGGAUAACGGAACACCUGCGCUGACGAGCUAUCGGCGAGUGUUAAUCCAGACGACCAACCCUCGGUUGGAGGGAGGGGGCAAGGGAGCCGAUGCCGUUGGGGAUUUAAUGGCGGAAUUUACAUAG